AUGUUUAGAGAAUCUGUGCGAGUUCUAUCCGACGCAAUUAAACGCCAAGUCAAGAGAAAUGCGCAGCUGGGCCACGACGUGUUGCAAGAGAAAACAGAGGCAUAUGCAGCUAACGAGCAGCUGCAUGCAGAGAAUUUGUCUCAGCAACUUGAAGGUUUCAGCACGCAGCUGCAGCAGACUGAGGCUGCAGCAGAAGCGGCAGAAAAGAAAAUAGAUGAAGAGCGGCUGCGCCACGCAGCAGCAAAAAAACAAAUCGCUGAGACAGCAGAAAAAGAAAUGAACAAAUUACAAGAAGAAGAAGCUGAAGCUGUUCAGCAGCAACACCACGCAGAGGCCAACAUACGCCGGGGAGAAGCCAAACUCAAAAAAGAAGAAGCAGAGUUAAACAACGCCAGAAAGCAGCAUCAACGUGCAAAAAAAGAAGAAGAGAAACACAAACAUAAAAUAAAAGAAAUGAUUGAAAAAGAAAGAGAAAGAGAAAGAGAAGAAGAAGAAGCACAAGAGGCCAGAGAAGAAAGCAUACAGGAUGCGAGGGUUUCAUUCGCCCGCUGCUAG